AUGAACGGCGUUAUUGAGGCGCUGCACAUCUACGAUGACAACAGGAAUCCCAUUCUAUCGCAUACCUAUACGGGACGGCCCCUCUCAGCUUCCCACCUUCUGUCUCUCUAUCUCGAGCAUCCGUUUCCUCGGCCGAGCCUGAUCUACCUCCCCAAUGCGAACCCUCCGACGCUCGUCUUCAGCCUGACGCACUCCAAUCUACUGUUCUUAGCCACCUCAUCAACCGAAAUCGAACCCCUCCUCGUGCUCGAGUUCCUCCACCGGAUCGUGGACGCCUUCGAAGACUUUGUGGGGGCACCGUUGCUGGCUGUCAAGCUAGAAAACAACUACGAUGUUGUCGCUCAGCUUCUAACGGAGAUGUGCGAUGCAGGGACCGUCAGUACGACGGAGCCCAACGCUCUACGAGAAGUGGUGGAGAUGGAAGGCUGGGUCGAUAAGCUGCUGGGUAGCAUCAACUUACCUGGGAAAAAUCCACUCAACACAAAUUCAAACACACCGUCCCUGAUAGCUUCCAACACGCCAGCGCUGCCUUGGAGACGGGCCAACGUACGGCACACGUCAAACGAGCUCUACGCCGAUGUCGUCGAAACCCUCUCCGUCACGCUUGCUCCUUCAGGGAGGCCUCUAGCCGCAUUUGCCAAUGGUACAAUCGCAUUUACGUCAAAGGUGUCAGGCGUUCCAGAUGUUCUAGUGACCCUGAGCAGUCCGUCGGGAAAACAUAAUAUCGGUGGCAUCAUGGAACUACCCGUCUUCCACCCGUGCGUUCGGCUGAACAAGUGGAAUGAACGACCUGGAGAAUUGAGCUUCAUACCCCCCGAUGGACGAUUCAUCCUGGCUGGCUACGAGGUCGACCUGUUACCAUUUACAAGUGGUAAGAGUGGGGGCGUAAACUCAAACAAUCUCAAGCUUCCCGUCAACCUUGAGAUGAAAACCGGGCUUGGGCCUGUGGGAUCCGAAUUUGAAGUCAGGCUGCAAACCAACAAGAUUUUUGGCACCCCCAAUUCAUCAUCAGCAGUAAGCCAGCUGGGGCGUGCAGGCGUACCUGGAAUUCCUGGACGGUUGUCAUCGCCGCAUCCUGGAACUCCGAGCUCGCCACUGCUGGACGAUUUGACAGUCACUAUUCCUCUACCUGAAGACGUGAGGAACCUAUCUGAUAUCAGACCGUCUAGGGGAGACGCAAGCUUCAACAGGGCCGAGGGGAGACUCGAGUGGCACAUCCCCGCAAAGGAGAUAUCUGGCCCGACGUCUCAUUUUGGAUUGAGGUGCACGGUAGUAGGGUCUCUAGCUGAUGACGAUGAAGGGGAAGAGUUUGAUCCCACGGGAUUCGGGUUUGGCACCGACUAUUCAUACAACGAGCCAUACCAAAGCACACCGGCUGCCAAAAAAGGCAAGGAAAAGCAGGGCGCGGAUGAUGAGCAAGACCCUAAGAGGGUAGCGCAGAACAAGAUCCUGAUGCCCAGCUCGGCAUCUGUAAGCUUCUCCGUCAAAGGUUGGCUGGCAAGCGGGUUGAAAAUUGAGAGCAUUGUAAUAGACACAAGGAAAAGCCGAGGCCUGGGUGAGGGUGUGAAGCCUUACAAGGGCGUCAAGUAUUUGACAGUUAGCAAGGGAGGAGUAGAGAUUCGCUGCUAA